CGGCUAUAAAUACGGCGCGCGCAUCCGCUAAUUCCCGCAUCACCUCUCAACACGAGCAUCAUUCACUCUCUCCUUCGUCUUCAGCCUCAUCCACCCCCGAAACCCGCGUCGUCCGUCGCCGCGUCCACCACCAUGUGUGGGAUUUUGGCCGUCCUCGGCUGCGCCGACUGGUCGCAGGCCAAGAGGGCUCGCGUCCUCUCCUGCUCCCGCAGGCUGAAGCACCGGGGGCCGGACUGGUCCGGGCUGUUCCAGUGCGAGGGCAACUUCCUGGCGCAGCAGCGGCUCUCCGUCGUCUCCCCGCUCUCCGGCGACCAGCCCCUCUACAACGAGGACCGGACCGUCGUCGUCGUGGCCAAUGGAGAGAUCUACAACCACAAGAAGAUCCGGAAGCAGUUCGCCGCCAAGCACACCUUCACCACCGGCAGCGACUGCGAGGUCAUCAUCCCUCUGUAUGAGGAGUACGGCGAGAACUUCGUCAACAUGCUGGACGGCGUCUUCUCCUUCGUACUGUACGACACCCGCAACAAGACGUACAUGGCCGCCCGCGACGCCGUCGGCGUCAACCCCCUCUACUUCGGCCGGGGCAGCGACGGCUCCGUCUGGAUUGCGUCUGAGAUGAAGGCGCUCCACGAGGACUGCCCAAAGUUCGAGCUCUUCCCUCCGGGGAGCCUCUACUCGAGCGCCGCCGGCGGGUUCCGGCGGUGGUACAACCCGCAGUGGUUCGACGAGCACGUCCCGGCGACGGCAUACCAGCCCCUCGUCCUCAGGGAGGCAUUCGAGAAGGCCGUCAUCAAGAGGCUCAUGACUGACGUGCCCUUCGGCGUUCUCCUCUCCGGCGGCCUCGACUCCUCCCUCGUCGCCUCAGUCACCAAGCGCCAUCUCAUCGAGACCGAAGCCGCCAAGAAGUUUGGAACUGAGCUCCACUCCUUUGUCGUCGGCCUAGAGGGCUCGCCUGAUCUCAAGGCCGCGAGAGAGGUGGCUGACUAUCUUGGAACCAUCCAUCACGAGUUCCACUUCACCGUCCAGGAUGGCAUCGACGCCAUCGAGGAGGUGAUCUACCACAACGAGACGUACGACGUGACGACCAUACGCGCGAGCACGCCGAUGUUCCUGAUGGCGCGCAAGAUCAAGGCGCUCGGGGUUAAGAUGGUGCUGUCUGGGGAAGGCUCCGACGAGCUCCUUGGCGGCUACCUCUACUUCCACUUCGCACCCAACAAGGAGGAGUUCCACAAGGAGACAUGCCGCAAGGUGAAGGCGCUCCAUCAGUAUGACUGCCUGCGCGCCAACAAGGCGACGUCCGCUUGGGGGCUGGAAGUCCGCGUGCCGUUCCUCGACAAGGAGUUCAUCGACGUCGCCAUGAGCAUGGACCCCGAGUGGAAGCUGUACGACGCCGAUCUGGGCCGCAUCGAGAAGUGGGUGCUGAGGAAGGCGUUCGAUGACGAGAAGGAGCCAAGGCAUAUCUUGUACAGGCAGAAAGAGCAAUUCAGCGACGGCGUCGGCUACAACUGGAUCGACGGCCUCAAGGCUUUUACUGAGCAGCAGGUGACUGACGAGAUGAUGAAGGGCGCCGCAGAGGAGUACCCCUACAACACGCCCGUCAACAAGGAAGCAUACUACUACCGGAUGAUCUUCGAGAGGCUCUACCCUCAGGAGUCGGCGAGGGAGACGGUGCCGUGGGGUCCGAGCAUCGCGUGCAGCACGCCGGCGGCCAUCGAGUGGGUGGCGCAGUGGAAGGCCUCCAACGACCCCUCCGGCCGGCUCAUCGCCUCCCACAACGAUGCCGCCCCCGCUCACGCCCACGCCAACGGCAACGGCAACGGGGCGGUGGCCAACGGGAAGGCCAACGGGAACGGCACGGCCAACGGGAACGCCAACGCCAACGCCAACGGGACUCUGGUCCCGUGCUAGCCGUCGCUAGCUGGUUCGUAGGAGCGUGCUGUGCGUGCGCGCGUGUCCUGGGACUGAUGGAUGGCCCAUAUGCCAUUGGCGCCGCGGCCGGUGCUGUUGUUGUGUACUCCUGCCUGUUGUACGUUUCUUCAGUGUUGUUGUGUGUGCGUGUGCGUGGGAUGGAGCUCGCGGUCCGAGCAUGUGGCGGGGGCGAUGGGUCGCCUGUACAACAAGAUCGUGAAUCAAGUGAACUAGUAUGGUGUACUAUUGAAAUAUUGAAUCGAUCCGCCUUAUGUUUCCUCAAA